UCGAGGUUAUAAGGUGCGGACGCGUUCGCUCGAUAUCCUUUAGGCUUUAUAUUCCUUCAAGUAUCAGAGUGAACAUGGAUUGUGUCUUCAACGGCUUGAGUCCUUUUUAUCUCAACAAGGAAAAGUUGAAGUUCAAGUAGUGAUCGACCGGGAAUCGAUACUUAACGGCUUUGAAAUAGUCUUAAGUUGGUCCUUAGAGGAUACGCUCUUCAGCAGUCGAAUGUGUACAAGUCGGGAGGUCAUCGAGUGUCCUUCCUGCUUUGAUUACUCACUAGAAUCGAAACGAUGGUGAUGUUUUGAUGAUGAUGGUUUGCUCAUCCGUAACUGUUCCAGGUGAAUGCAUCAAGAGUGUGAAGUAGGAUCGGAGGAGCAAGUGUGAAAAACCGGAAGAGCCCUUGCGGCUUUCAAUUGAGCCUUGCUUCCUGAGUAGAUUAGGUGGUUUGAUGGACUAGGAUAAUUUCUAUGCAAAUAUUGGUUCCAGUGAACGGUCAGUUGGGGAGGCUGAGGGUGCAAGUGAAAUAGCGUGGAACACGGCUGGGGCGGGCCAAUUUGCAUUUCCGGAAAAAGUCGAUAGCGUUUCAGGUGCAUGGCGAUAGUCAACACCCCCGGGCGGUCUUGUGUGAAUAGGAGACGCGUGAGGCAGUGAAUGCGUGCAUUGAGCUGGUCGGUAUCAGCAGAAAUAAGUGCUCUCUGACGAAUUGUUCUGAACAACAGGGAAUUGUGUGUUUUGUGGAGUUAAGUCUUUAUUCGGGUUUUGUGUGGGCUUAAUUGGAUGGAAAUUCAUUAAAUCCUGUUGUGGUGGUGUAAUGGGAAUUGUGUCCUUUUUCAACUUUAACUGUGUCGAGGUAUUUUUGGGGGCGUUAUUUUAAAUCAGAAAAGCAUGCAUUCAGCCUCAUCAAUAUCGUCGUUGGACAGCACUUGGCAGGGGGAGGCCGACUCACUAUAAUGUUACGCAAUAGUAAUAAAAAAAAUCGCUAAUUAGACUACAAAAGGUGUUUACACCGGUCGCCAUUAAUUUCGUGUUUCGAGGCGCGCGGAAGUCUACUACCGACGCAGGGACAAUAGGCGCGUUUCGAAUUGAUAUCGCACUCCAUGGGGUAGUUUUGACCGAAUACCGUGAAAAUUCCGUCAGAAGCUUAUCUAGUUCGGGGUAUCUCUGUAGGUUGAGGUGGUGAAUUGCGUGUGAAAGCAUGCCGGCCGAAAUGGACUUGAAUCGGAUUCCAGGAGUGAAUGGCAAGUGAUGGGAAGGAAAUUAGUUUUCACUUAAAGACGGUUCAGUUUCAUUACCGUGGUUGUAUAGUGUCCGUUUCCUGUACAGGGAAUCGGUAGAAAUUCACCUAUUUUGAAGGAAAACCAUUAAGGUGGACUCAUGCUGAGUGCAGAGUAGUGCUGUGUUCGUAGGUUCGCGGGUUUUCGGAACAAUGUUCCGAAUUGUUUAGAAUAGUCCGAAUUCAAGAAAUUCCAACGGCGAAGUUCGACUUAUCGUUGAAAACCACCAGAUAAAUGAAUCGUGAAGUCUAACACCGGCAUUAGAAUGAGAUUUAAGCACCCCAACCCCCUUUAUUGCUGGAAUUGUUCAUUCGUUCUAAACAAUCACUGAUGAAACAUGCAUCGCGUGGUAUAAAAUGGAAGACAAUGAAUAUCAUGAUAACGCGUUCGUGAACGACAGCCUUCAGUACGUAUCGACUCCCAUCAACAAUUCGAUAUAUUUUUGGGACGAUUGGAAUUUUCUAAACAUAAGCGACCACGAUGAUAGUGAUACCAAUGGAUCAGUUGGCGCAGUCUCGGCUACAUCAUCCCCCCAGCUGACAAUUCGCCUAUAUCCACCGGAAGAAAGUCCUGUGCCAACUUCCGAUGUGAACAAUUACUGGGGCCUGUUGGCGCUAGUGCUGGUAUUCGGAACAGCUGCUGGAAACAUAUUGGUAUGCCUGGCAAUCGCCUGGGAGCGUCGACUUCAGAAUGUAACAAACUAUUUCCUCAUGUCACUAGCAAUUACGGAUUUAAUGGUGGCUGUACUUGUUAUGCCGUUGGGAAUUUUAACACUUGUAUACGGUUACUUCCCACUGCAAUCUGAACACUGUUUGGUAUGGAUCUGUUUGGACGUCCUAUUUUGCACGGCAAGCAUCAUGCAUUUGUGCACGAUAUCUGUGGAUCGAUAUCUGUCGCUCCGGUAUCCAAUGAAAUUUGGUAGAAAUAAGACACGACGGAGAGUAACGCUGAAAAUUAUUUUUGUAUGGCUAUUAUCGAUUGCAAUGAGUUUACCGUUAAGUCUGAUGUACUCACAGGACCACUCUUCGGUGUUAGUGAAAGGAACAUGUCAAAUUCCAGAUCCUGUCUACAAAUUGGUGGGCUCAAUAGUGUGCUUUUACAUACCAUUAGGAGUAAUGUUACUCACAUACUACUUAACUGUAAGACUUCUUGCUCAACAGCGCCAAAAUCUAGGUGGCUCAAAUCAUCACCCAAGUGGUUGGGCAAGCGGAUGGCUAGGACAAACACCAGCCAUGGAACGCCGAUGUACCUGGCGCAGGCUGCUAAAAGCAGGCCACCCGUCAACACCAAAUCAUGCUCAUUCCGCCACAUCUACUGAUACUGAACUCUCAACCUUAGAUACUCACGAGCUUUGGUUACCUGACUCAAGCAUACCGGAACCAACCCCAUCAACAAUGACUGCCCUCCAUCAGUUCGGGGCGGAAAUGUUGAAACUUUCAAGAGGCUUAGAAUCGGUGGGUUUACCGGAACUAACUUCAGCACAAAAACAGGAUACGGGAAAUUCACAUCGUUAUCAUCAAGAAACAAGCCAAUUUACACAAAAACAAAAAUUAGAUUUUGGACCAAUUUUGCCGCGAUCUAAUGAAAGGACUUCAUCGCCGACGUCGCCAUCAUCCAUAUUAGAACAUAUACGUAGCUCACAUCAUAGACGAUCACGGUCAACAUGGACCGUUUCAACCUAUGAGAAUCAACCAAUGAUCUCAUCAUCGUCAUCGCUUCGAAAGCGAUACAGCAGUUUACCCAACGGUUUCGUUGCACUACACCAGGACUGCAGUAAGGGUGAAGAACUAUGCCGGGAGUACGGCACUUGCAAAUCUAGAAGUCGAAAAGACAGCAACUGUAGUCGGGAUGGAGAAAACGUUUGCUACGGUCCCAGACAAUCUCUAACCAUGACUAAAAAUGAGUACCUAGAAUUACCACCGCCUUGUACCUGUCCCUACUUCGGUGAUCGUCCAUUCAAAGCAACCCCAAAACCCACCGAAGUUAAAAUUAUCUCAUCAACUCAUUUUCAAGGAGAUCCAGUAGACAAUAAAGGAUUUACCACUACAGCUAUUGCUACAACGGUUUCAAAUUUAGUUACUGGUAAAAAACCAUCAACUGAUAGCUCUAUUUUCCUACCGUUACCAGCAACACCAGUACGAAAACUUAGUUACUCAAAAACAGUGUCAGUAGUCACGUGGGACUCGUGUCGCAAUAAACGCCGAGGCUCAAGCUUUGGAGGGGUGCGCACUUCUCUGCUCCUCACCCCAACCAAAGUACCUACUCAAGGCUCACCAUUGCGUCGCUCAGCAACCCUACGCAACCACAACAAUGUCAAUCUACUAAACUGUGACAACUCAAAAUCCAUAAAAACGACGCCAUCGUCGCCAUGUUUGAUGCAACGCAACACCACCGUACGGUCGCACCACUCCCGCAACUCCAGCGUCAUCUCGCGGAAUUCCUCGCGUCACGGUCGCAUCAUUCGACUUGAACAAAAAGCCACAAAAGUCCUGGGUGUCGUAUUUUUCACAUUUGUAAUCCUAUGGGCGCCAUUUUUCGUUUUGAACCUACUACCAACGGUUUGUGGGCGGUGCGAGGAGAACAUCUCGCAUUGGGUGUUCGAUGUGGUCACGUGGCUUGGCUACGCCAGUUCAAUGGUCAACCCGAUCUUUUACACCAUCUUCAACAAAGUGUUCCGCCAAGCUUUCAAAAAGGUUCUCAUGUGCAGAUAUGGCGGAAAGCCAAAUUGGCGACCGAAUAGAUAACAUACGGCUACUGCGGUGCUACUAAAUAAAAAAUCGACUGAAGUUGUAGUGGGAAUCGGAACCGGGAAUAGUUUUGUAAAGAAGAAACAAGGAUUGUAAACAAUUUAGUUAAGUCAAUAAAAGUAGAAGGAUAAGUAGCUAAAAGUGAUUUUAUGUAAUUUAUUUGUGAUUAGAGAGAAAUAUUGAAAAGAGAAUAAUUUUCGGAGGAAA